UCGCCCCUUCAGCGUCUUAUAAAAUCACCUCCUACUGUCUCACACAGCACAUUCAGCCUUCAGCCAACCAGAGAGACUGCGGUGUAUUUACAUCACUCCUAACGAGCUCUUUUUGGAAAGCGACAAUGGACCCCUGCGAGUGUUCAAAGACUGGAACCUGCACGUGCGGUACAUCCUGCAAAUGCUCCAACUGCCAGUGCAAAUCCUGCAAGAAAAGUUGCUGCUCUUGCUGCCCUUCUAGCUGCAGUAAGUGUGCCUCAGGAUGUGUGUGCAAGGGAGAUACCUGUGAUUCCAAGUGCUGCAAGUGAACACUCCAACACUAUUGCCACCAUGUAAAUGUUGUUGGGUUUUUUUUUUUUAUGUGGAAAUUCCAAUAAAUAUUCAGUGUUACUUAAGCUUGAUUUUGAUGUUUUUUACUGCUCUUUAAGCAAAGCAUUUUUUUAUUAAACUGUAUGUGAAGUGAUCUUAAAAUUGUUUUUCCCACCUGACACGGACCAAGGCUGUAGUCUUUACUUUAUGCAUAAUAAAAGUUGUCUUGAAUCAUA